AGUUGUCUUUUCAGCAGUAAUGAUUCCACGCCCAGGAGGUGAAAGGAAAGAUUGUACAGAUACAGUGAUGGACCUUGUCCUUGUACUGGAUACAUCAACCAGUGUAACAGAAAAGAACUUCAAACUCAUGCUGGAUUUCUUGAAAUUCUUCCUUGCCCCUGCCAACAUUGACGACGAUAAGGUCAGGGUUGGUGUGGUCAUCUACAGCACCAAGGUGUCCAUCCAGUUCCAGAUGAAUGAGUACAUAGGUCGGAAAGGCGAGCUUUACAAGGCCAUUGACAGUAUACCCUAUAUGUACGGAAGUACCAAUACUUAUGGUGGACUGAACACUAUGAGGACCCAAAUGUUCUUGCCAGGAGUAGGAGACAGACCUGAUGUGAAAAAUUACUGUAUCCUAAUCACUGAUGGUGUGUCUAAUAUCAAUGCCAGAAGGACAAUCCCAGAGGCAGUGAAAGCCAGAGAUGACAACAUCCAUAUGUAUGUUAUUGGUAUUGGUCUAACAGACACCAAGGAAAUUGAUGGAAUUGCCUCUCCACCAAUUGAAGAGAACAGAUUCACUGUUCAGGAGUUCAGUGAGCUGAAGACAAUGAGAGAUCAAGUCUUCAACUCUUUAAGGAAGGGGUGUCCAAUUCCAACCCCUCCCCCCAAGAAGCGUCCAAGUUGUUCUGAUGCCAGAAUGGAUCUUGUCCUAAUCCUGGAUACCUCCACAAGUGUCACAGAACCCAACUUCAGGCUGAUGCAGGACUUUUUGAAAUUCUUCCUUGCCCCUGCUAACAUUGACAGGGACAAUGUUAGAGUUGGUAUUGUCAUCUACAGUACCAAAGUUGCUAUCCAGUUCCAGAUGAAUGAAUACAUAGGUUCUAAGAAAGAUCUUUACAGAGCCAUUGACGCAAUACCUUACAUGUACGGAAGUACCAACACCUAUGGUGGACUAAAUGUAAUGAGGACUCAGAUGUUCACCCCAGCAACCGGUGACCGACCUGAUGUUGAGAAUGUGGCCAUUCUCAUCACUGAUGGUGUGUCCAACAUCAAUUCCAGAAGAACAAUCCCAGAAGCUGCCAAAGCAAGAGACCAGAACAUUCACAUCUAUGUCAUUGGUAUUGGACUUCGAGAUACAAGAGAAAUUGAUGGCAUUGCCUCACCACCUAUUGAAGAAAACCGUUUCACUGUCCAGGAGUUCAGUGAGCUGUCUUCUAUGAGGGAAAAGGUCUUUGGAUCAAUUUGUCCAGUUGAAGAAACAACGACCACAACUACUACUACAACAACAACAACAACAACAACAACCACUACAACACCAGUACCUACUACCCCUGCCCCUCAGAGCUGUUCUAAUGCCAGGAUGGAUCUUGUCUUAAUCCUGGAUACCUCCACAAGUGUCACAGAACCCAACUUCAAACUCAUGCAAGACUUCUUGAAAUACUUUCUGGCUAAUGCCAACAUUGAUGGAGACUUGGUCCGAGUUGGUGUUGUCAUCUACAGUACCAAAGUUGCCAUCCAGUUCCAGAUGAAUGAAUAUAUUGGUCAGAAGAUAGAAGUUUACAAGGCUAUUGACAGAAUACCCUAUAUGUAUGGAAGUACCAAUACUUAUGGUGGACUAAACAUCAUGAGAACUCAGAUGUUCACCCCUGCAACAGGUGACCGACCAGAUGUUGACAAUGUAGCCAUUCUUAUCACUGAUGGUGUGUCCAAUAUCAAUGCCAGGAGAACAGUCCCUGAGGCUGUUAAAGCACGAGACCAGAACAUCCACAUCUAUGUCAUUGGUAUUGGUCUGACAGAUACAAAGGAAAUUGAUGGCAUUGCCUCACGACCUGUUGAGGAGAACCGUUUCACUGUCCAGGAGUUCAGUGAGCUGUCUUCUAUGAGGGAAAAGGUCUUUGGAUCAAGGUGCCCAGCAGUAGAUCUUACACCACCCCCACCAAAAAGCUGUGAUGAUGCAAGGUUGGAUCUUGUGCUAAUCCUGGAUACCUCCACCAGUGUCACAGAACCCAACUUCAAACUCAUGCAAGACUUCUUGAAGUUCUUCCUUAGUGAUGCCAAUAUUGAUGGCGACAAUGUCAGAGUUGGUGUUGUCAUCUACAGUACCAAGGUUGCCAUCCAGUUCCAGAUGAAUGAAUAUAUUGGUCAGAAGAUAGAGGUUUACAAAGCCAUUGACAGAAUACCCUAUAUGUACGGAAGUACCAACACCUAUGGUGGACUAAAUGUAAUGAGGACUCAGAUGUUCACACCAGCAACAGGAGACCGACCAGAUGUUGAGAAUGUGGCCAUUCUCAUCACUGAUGGUGUGUCCAAUAUCAAUGCCAGGAGAACAAUCCCUGAAGCUGCCAAAGCACGAGACCAGAACAUCCACAUCUAUGUCAUUGGUAUUGGUCUGCAAGAUACAAGAGAAAUUGAUGGCAUUGCCUCACCACCUAUUGAAGAAAACCGUUUCACUGUCCAGGAGUUCAGUGAGCUCACAUCGAUGAAGGAAAAAGUCUUUGGCUCUAUUUGCCCUGUUCAACCCCCUACCCCACCACCUGAAACAGGCGGCUGUGCAGAUUCGAGGAUGGAUCUUGUGUUUGUGUUGGAUGCCUCUACCAGUGUCACAGAACCCAAUUUCAGACUCAUGCUAGAUUUCUUGAAAGACUUCUUGUUUGUGGCCAACAUUGAUGGGGGUAACGUCCGUGUUGGUGUACUCAUCUACAGCACCAAAGUCUUCAUCCAAUUCCAAAUGAAUCAGUACCAGAGAAAGAGUGACAUCUUUGUAGCGAUAGACGAGAUCCCAUAUAAUUAUGGCAGCACCAACACAUUUGGUGGCCUGAAUACAAUGAGAACUCAGAUGUUCACGCCUGAUAAUGGUGAUCGUCCAGAUGUACCAAAUGUUGCUAUUGUGAUCACUGAUGGUGUGUCCAACAUUAAUGCUAGGAGGACAAUCCCAGAAGCAGAAACUGCACGAGACGAAGGCAUCCACAUCUAUGUUAUUGGUAUUGGCCUGACAGACACCAGGGAAAUUGAUGGUAUUGCUUCACCACCCUUGGAGAGGAACAGGUUCACUGUUAAUGAAUUCAGUGAGCUGAGAACGAUGAGAGACCAAGUCUUCACUUCCAUGUGUCCAGGUCUUAAACCUCAACCUUCAGGUGGCGGAUGCUUGGGCCAGAGGAUGGAUCUUGUUUUAAUCCUGGAUACCUCCACCAGUGUCACAGAACCAAACUUCAGACUCAUACAGGACUUCUUGAAGUUCUUCCUCUUCAAGGCUGAUAUUGAUAAUGACCAAGUGAGAGUUGGUAUUGUCAUCUAUAGUACCAAAGUGGCCAUCCAGUUCCAGAUGAGUGACCAUAUUGGAGACAAGAAAGGUGUUUACAAAGCUAUUGAUGCAAUACCCUAUAUGUACGGAAGUACCAACACCUAUGGUGGACUAAACACAAUGAGGACUCAGAUGUACACGCCAGCAACAGGAGACCGACCUGAUGUAAGAAAUGUCUGUAUUCUCAUCACUGAUGGUGUGUCCAACAUCAAUUCCCGAAGAGUACAACCUGAAGCUAAAAAAGUGAGAGCUCAGGGAAUCCAUGUCUAUGUCAUUGGUAUUGGUCUGACAGACACCAAAGAAAUUGAUGGAAUUGCCACACCCCCUCUGGAAGAGAACAGAUUUACUGUCACUGAUUUCAGUGACUUGAAGGUGAUGAGGAACCGAGUGUUUGAGUCCUUGAACAAAGGAUGUGACACAACAACCACAACCACAACCACAACUACAACAACUACCACAACUACUCCUCCACCUCCAGAUUGCCCUGGUCAGAGAAUGGAUCUCGUUUUCAUCCUGGAUACCUCCACCAGUGUCACAGAACCCAACUUCAGACUCAUACAAGAUUUCUUGAAGUUUUUCCUCUUUAAGGCUGAUAUUGAUGGUGACCAAGUAAGAGUUGGUAUUGUCAUCUACAGUACCAAAGUGGCCAUCCAGUUCCAGAUGAGUGAAUAUAUAGCUGACAAGAGAGGUGUUUACAAAGCCAUUGAUGCAAUACCCUAUAUGUACGGCAGUACCAACACCUAUGGUGGACUAAAUGUAAUGAGGACUCAGAUGUUUACACCAGCAACUGGAGACCGACCUGAUGUGCACAAUGUCUGUAUUCUCAUCACUGAUGGUGUGUCCAACAUAAACUCCAGAAGGGUACAACCUGAAGCUAAAAAAGUGAGAGCUCAGGGAAUCCAUGUCUAUGUCAUUGGUAUUGGUCUGACAGACACGAAAGAAAUUGAUGGAAUUGCCACACCUCCUCUUGAAGACAACAGAUUUACUGUCACCGAUUUCAGUGACUUGAAGGUGAUGAGGAACCAAGUGUUUGAAUCCCUCAAUAAAGGUUGUGGAGCUCCUUUGACAACUCUACCACCUCCGACACCACCACCCACAGAAAGUUCAUGUUUAGGCCAGAGGAUGGAUCUUGUUUUAAUCCUGGAUACCUCUACCAGUGUCACAGAACCCAACUUCAGACUCAUACAGGACUUCUUGAAGUUUUUCCUCUUCAAGGCUGAUAUUGAUAAUGACCAAGUGAGAGUUGGUAUUGUCAUCUACAGUACCAAAGUGGCCAUCCAGUUCCAGAUGAGUGACCAUAUUGGAGAUAAGAAAGGGGUUUACAAAGCUAUUGAUGCAAUACCCUAUAUGUAUGGAAGUACCAACACCUAUGGUGGACUAAACACAAUGAGGACUAAGAUGUACACGCCAGCAACAGGAGACCGACCUGAUGUAAGAAAUGUCUGUAUUCUCAUCACUGAUGGUGUGUCCAACAUCAAUUCCCGAAGAGUACAACCUGAAGCUAAAAAAGUGAGAGCUCAGGGAAUCCAUGUCUAUGUCAUUGGUAUUGGUCUGACAGACACCAAAGAAAUUGAUGGAAUUGCCACACCCCCUCUUGAAGACAACAGAUUUACUGUCACCGAUUUCAGUGACUUGAAGGUGAUGAGGAACCGAGUGUUUGAGUCCUUGAACAAAGGAUGUGACACAACUACAACAACUACUACUACAACAACUACUACUACAACAACCACAACUACAACAACUACUACAACCACAACUACUCCUCCACCACCAGAUUGCCCUGGUCAGAGAAUGGAUCUCGUUUUCAUCCUGGAUACCUCCACCAGUGUCACAGAACCCAACUUCAGACUCAUACAAGACUUCUUGAAGUUUUUCCUCUUUAAGGCUGAUAUUGAUGGUGACCAAGUAAGAGUUGGUAUUGUCAUCUACAGUACCAAAGUGGCCAUCCAGUUCCAGAUGAGUGAAUAUAUAGCUGACAAGAGAGGUGUUUACAAAGCCAUUGAUGCAAUACCCUAUAUGUACGGCAGUACCAACACCUAUGGUGGACUAAACAUAAUGAGGACUCAGAUGUUUACACCAGCAACUGGAGACCGACCUGAUGUGCACAAUGUCUGUAUUCUCAUCACUGAUGGUGUGUCCAACAUAAACUCCAGAAGGGUACAACCUGAAGCUAAAAAAGUGAGAGCUCAGGGAAUCCAUGUCUAUGUCAUUGGUAUUGGUCUGACAGACACGAAAGAAAUUGAUGGAAUUGCCACACCUCCUCUUGAAGACAACAGAUUUACUGUCACCGAUUUCAGUGACUUGAAGGUGAUGAGGAACCAAGUGUUUGAAUCCCUCAAUAAAGGUUGUGGAGGGCCUGUGACAACACUACCACCUCCUACACCAGGAUACUCGGACACAGGAUAUGAUGUUAUUUUCAUGCUGGAUGGUUCAGUUGAUGAUAGAUAUUUUGGAUGGAUGAGAAAUUAUGCAGCCUACUUUGCAUCUCAAAUGAGCAUUGACAAUGGAAUUUGGCGUGUGGGUGGAAUGACAUUUUCAAAUGGUGGACCACGUCUCGGUUUUAACUUGAAUAACUAUGGAUGGAACAGUGAUGUGGUUAAUGCACUUGGUAACUCCAUGAACAACAGGCCUGGCGGCAGACCAGACCUGGCUCAAGCUUUUGACUAUGUACGCUCAAACAUGUUCACUGCACGCAAUGGUGACAGACCCAAUGCUCGCAACUAUAUCGUAAUGAUGACAGCCAAUGAGGAAAGUCUGAACCAAGGACAGACUUUGGGUGCUGCCAAUAGACUGAAGAAUGACUUGGUGGGUAUAUACACAGUUGGUAUUCACCUUGGCAACACAUAUGAGUUGGAUGGUGUUACCACCCAACCCAUUAAUGAACAUCAGUGGCUUAUCAACGAUGAGAGUGACUUCAACGGACUAGCUGGAAUCAUGGGAUCUUACAUGGAGAGAGCUCCACCUAUCACCAGGGCUCCACCAACACGCCCUCCAAAACCAGACGGUUCAUGUCUGGGCCAGAGGAUGGAUCUUGUUUUCAUCCUGGAUACCUCCACCAGUGUCACAGAACCAAACUUCAACCUUAUACAGGACUUCUUGAAGUUUUUCCUCUUCAAGGCUGAUAUUGAUAAUGACCAAGUGAGAGUUGGUAUUGUCAUCUACAGUACCAAAGUGGCCAUCCAGUUCCAGAUGAGUGAAUAUAUUGGAGAUAAGAAAGGGGUUUACAAAGCUAUUGAUGCAAUACCCUAUAUGUACGGAAGUACCAACACCUAUGGUGGACUAAAUGUAAUGAGGACUCAGAUGUACACACCAGCAACAGGAGACCGACCAGAUGUAAACAAUGUCUGUAUUCUCAUCACUGAUGGUGUGUCCAACAUAAAUUCCAGAAGGGUACAGCCUGAAGCUAAAAAAGUGAGAGCUCAGGGAAUCCAUGUCUACGUCAUAGGUAUUGGUCUGACAGACACAAAAGAAAUUGAUGGAAUUGCCACACCUCCUCUAGAAGAAAACAGAUUUACUGUCACUGAUUUCAGUGACUUGAAGAAGAUGAGGAACCAAGUUUUUGAGUCUUUGAACAAAGGAUGUGACACAACUACAACAUCAACAACUACAACAACAACCACUACUACAACCACUACUACAACCACUACUACGACCACAACUACUGCUCCACCUCCAGAUUGUCCUGGCCAGAGAAUGGAUCUCGUUUUUAUCCUGGAUACCUCCACCAGUGUCACAGAACCCAACUUCAGACUCAUACAGGACUUCUUGAAGUUUUUCCUCUUUAAGGCUGAUAUUGAUGGUGACCAAGUAAGAGUUGGUAUUGUCAUCUACAGUACCAAAGUGGCCAUCCAGUUCCAGAUGAGUGAAUAUAUAGCUGACAAGAGAGGUGUUUACAGAGCCAUUGACAGAAUACCAUACAUGUUUGGCAGUACUAACACCUAUGGUGGACUAAACAUAAUGAGGACUCAGAUGUUUACACCAGCAACUGGAGACCGACCUGAUGUGCACAAUGUCUGUAUUCUCAUCACUGAUGGUGUGUCCAACAUAAAUUCCAGAAGAGUACAGCCUGAAGCUAAAAAAGUGAGAGCUCAGGGAAUCCAUGUCUACGUCAUUGGUAUUGGUCUGACAGACACCAAAGAAAUUGAUGGAAUUGCCACACCUCCUCUAGAAGAAAACAGAUUUACUGUCACUGAUUUCAGUGACUUGAAGGUGAUGAGGAAUCAAGUGUUUGAAUCCCUCAAUAAAGGUUGUGGGGCUUGUCUUGGCCAGACUAUGGAUCUUGUAUUUAUCCUGGAUACCUCCACCAGUGUCACAGAACCCAACUUCAGACUCAUUCAAGAUUUCUUGAAGUUCUUCCUCUACACUGCUGAUAUUGAUAAUGACCAAGUUAGAGUUGGCAUUGUCAUCUACAGUACCAAAGUAGCCAUCCAGUUCCAGAUGAGUGAAUAUAUUGGAGAUAAGAGAGGUGUUUACAAAGCUAUUGAUGCAAUACCCUAUAUGUACGGCAGUACCAACACCUAUGGUGGACUAAAUGUAAUGAGAACUCAGAUGUUUACACCAGCAACAGGAGACCGACCUGAUGUGCAGAAUGUCUGUAUUCUUGUGACUGAUGGUGUGUCCAAUAUCAAUGCCAGAAGAACAAUCCCAGAAGCUGCAAAGGCUCGAGAUCAGAACAUCCACAUCUAUGUUAUUGGUAUUGGUAUAAAAGACACACGGGAAAUUGAUGGUAUUGCUACGCCACCUCUAGAAGAAAACAGAUUUACUGUAGAAGAUUUCAGUGAUUUGAAGAACAUGCGGAACAAAGUCUUUGAUUCCCUUAAUAAGGACUGUGACACCACACCUGCCCCUCCUACAACCACAACUACGACCACAACAACCACAACAACCACCACUACAACUACAACAACCACUACUCAACCAAAGAUAGUUUGUCCUGGACAGAGGAUGGAUCUUGUAUUUGUCCUGGAUACCUCCACCAGUGUCACAGAACCCAACUUCAGACUCAUACAAGAUUUCUUGAAGUUCUUCCUCUUCGCUGCUGAUAUUGAUGGUGACCAAGUUAGAGUUGGUAUUGUCAUCUACAGUACCAAAGUGGCCAUCCAGUUCCAGAUGAAUGAAUAUAUAGCAGACAAGAGAGGUGUUUACAAAGGUAUUGAUGCAAUACCCUAUAUGUAUGGAAGUACUAACACCUAUGGUGGACUAAAUGUAAUGAGGACUCAGAUGUUUACACCAGCAACAGGAGACCGACCUGAUGUUAACAAUGUCUGUAUUCUAAUUACUGAUGGUGUCUCCAAUAUCAAUGCCAGAAGAACAAUUCCAGAAGCUGUAAAUGCUCGAGAUCAGAACAUCCACAUCUAUGUUAUUGGUAUUGGUAUAAAAGACACACGGGAAAUUGAUGGAAUCGCCACACCCCCAUUAGAAGAAAACAGAUUUACUGUGGAAGAUUUCACUGACUUAAAACAGAUGAGGAGUCAAGUGUUUGAUUCCCUCAAUAAAGAUUGUGGGGUUACAACGGUGCCUCCUCCUCCAGUAACGACACCUAAAGAGUGCCCUGGGGACAGAAUGGAUCUAGUUUUCGUCGUGGAUACUUCUACCAGUGUCACAGAGCCAAACUUCAACCUUAUACAAGAUUUCUUGAAGUUUUUCCUCUUUUUGGCUGAUAUCAAGAACGACAAUGUCAGAGUUGGUAUUGUCAUCUACAGUACCAAAGUUGCCAUCCAGUUCCAGAUGAGUGAAUAUAUAGCAGACAAGAAAGGGGUUUACAAAGCUAUUGAUGCAAUACCCUAUAUGUACGGAAGUACCAACACCUAUGGAGGAAUAAAUGUAAUGAGGACUCAGAUGUUCACACCGGCAACAGGAGAUCGACCUGACGUUGAUAAUGUCUGUAUUCUCAUUACUGAUGGUGUGUCCAAUAUCAAUUCCAGAAGAACAAUUCCAGAGGCUGUGAAAUCACGAGAUCAGGGAAUUCAUAUAUACGUGAUCGGUAUUGGUUUGAAAGAUACCAAAGAAGUGGAUGGUAUUGCAUCACGACCGAUAGAGAAGAACAGAUUCACUGUAAAUGAUUUCAAUGAAUUAAAACAGAUGAGACAAAUUGUAUUCCAGUCUCUGCAGGGUGACUGUGAAAGAGCCACGCCACCACCAACCGAAGCACCAACACCCGGAUACAGCGAGACAGGAUAUGAUGUUGUCUUUAUGUUUGAUGGAACGGCCAGUGACAAACACUUCAGCUGGAUGAAAGGCUUUGCCACCAACUUUGCUUCUCAGAUGGACAUUGAUUCUGGUUUGUUCCGAGUUGGAGCAAUGACUUUUACACAAGGUCAGAGCCUUGCUUUCCAUUUGAAUGCAAAUGGAUUCCAAUCAGAAGUGAUGUCAGCCCUUCAGUCCAAACCAGUGAACAGCCCAGGUGGAGUACCAGAUGUUGGCACAGCAUUUGAUGUAGUUCGCGAAAAUAUGUUUACAGCAGCUAAUGGAGAUCGUCCAAAAGCAAGAGACUUCAUUGUUCUAAUGACAGACAAGGAAAGAAGUCAAGAUACAGCUGCAGCUCAAGCUGCUUUUGGCAGAUUGCAAGAGGCAGGUGUUGGUGUCUUCACAGUAGGUAUGGAACUUGGCAAUACAGAUGAACUGGACUCCAUCACUACACCUCUUGUGGAUGAUUUUCAGCAUCUCAUUUCCCAAGAGGGAGAACUUUCAGAACUUCCAGGCUUCAUAUCUUAUCAAAUGGAAGCAGCUGAUCCUGUGACACCUUUACCAACUACACCAGCUCCAACAGCAGGAUACAGCGAGACAGGAUAUGAUGUUGUCUUUAUGUUUGAUGGAACGGCCAGUGACAAACACUUCGGCUGGAUGAAAAGCUUUGCCUCCAACUUUGCUUCUCAGAUGGACAUUGAUUCUGGUUUGUUCCGAGUUGGAGCAAUGAUGUUUACACAAGGUCAGAGCCUUGCUUUCCAUUUGAAUGCAAAUGGAUUCCAAUCAGAAGUGAUGUCAGCCCUUCAGUCCAAACCAGUGAACAGCCCAGGUGGAGUACCAGAUGUUGGCACAGCAUUUGAUGUAGUUCGCGAAAAUAUGUUUACAACAGCUAAUGGAGAUCGUCCAAAAGCAAGAGACUUCAUUGUUCUAAUGACAGACAAGGAAAGAAGUCAAGAUACAGCUGCAGCUCAAGCUGCUUUUGGCAGAUUGCAAGAGGCAGGUGUUGGUGUCUUCACAGUAGGUAUGGAACUUGGCAAUACAGAUGAACUGGACUCCAUCACUACACCUCUUGUGGAUGAUUUUCAGCAUCUCAUUUCCCAAGAGGGAGAACUUUCAGAACUUCCAGGCAUCAUAUCAUAUCAAAUGGAAGCAGCUGAUCCUGUGACACCUCUGCCAACUACACCAGCUCCAACAGCAGGAUACAGCGAGACAGGAUAUGAUGUUGUCUUUAUGUUUGAUGGAACGGCCAGUGACAAACACUUCGGCUGGAUGAAAAGCUUUGCCUCCAACUUUGCUUCUCAGAUGGACAUUGAUUCUGGUUUGUUCCGAGUUGGAGCAAUGACGUUUACACAAGGUCAGAGCCUUGCUUUCCAUUUGAAUGCAAAUGGAUUCCAAUCAGAAGUGAUGUCAGCCCUUCAGUCCAAACCAGUGAACAGCCCAGGUGGAGUACCAGAUGUUGGCACAGCAUUUGAUGUAGUUCGCGAAAAUAUGUUUACAGCAGCUAAUGGAGAUCGUCCAAAAGCAAGAGACUUCAUUGUUCUAAUGACAGACAAGGAAAGAAGUCAAGAUACAGCUGCAGCUCAAGCUGCUUUUGGCAGAUUGCAAGAGGCAGGUGUUGGUGUCUUCACAGUAGGUAUGGAACUUGGCAAUACAGAUGAACUGGACUCCAUCACUACACCUCUUGUGGAUGAUUUUCAGCAUCUCAUUUCCCAAGAGGGAGAACUUUCAGAACUUCCAGGCAUCAUAUCAUAUCAAAUGGAAGCAGCUGAUCCAGUGACACCCGUACCAACAACACCAGGUCCAACUCCAGGCUACAGUGAUACAGGCUUUGACAUCAUCUUCAUGUUUGAUGGAACUGUCAACAACAGAUACUUUGGAUGGAUGCAGAACUUUGCUCGUAACUUUGCUUCACAAAUGGAUAUUGAUUCUGGGGAGUUCCGAGUUGGAGCCAUGACCUUCAACAGAGGGCAAAACCUAGCUUUCUAUCUGAAUGACAAUGGUUGGCAAUCAGAAGUUAUUGGAGCCUUUGGAUCCAAAACCAGGAACACUCCAGGUGGAAAACCAGAUUUGGCUGGAGCCUUUGACUAUGUCAGAAACAACAUGUUCACUGAUCGUAGAGGGGAUCGUCCCAAUGCUCGCAACUUUGUAAUAAUGAUGACAGCCAAUGAGGAGAGUUUGAACAGUGGCGCUGCCAUUGGUGCCUCUCAGCGACUCCAGAGUCAGGGAACUGGAAUCUUUACCAUUGGUUUCAACCUGGGUAACACAGAUGAGCUAGAUGCAGUAACAACUCAUCCACUAGAUCAGUAUCAGUAUCUCAUCAAUGAGGAAAGUGGACUUCAGGAACUGCCAGGGAUCAUCGGCUACCAGUUUUCAAAUGCUUAUCCUGUGACAUUGCCACCAACAACUACACCACGACCAACAGCUUACAUGGACACAGGUUUUGAUGUCAUCUUCAUGCUGGAUGGAACUGUGAAUCGCCAGAUCUAUGGAUGGUUCAAAAACUAUGCCAAAAAUUUUGCUAAUCAAAUGAGCAUUGAUAAUGGCGAGUUUCGAGUCGGAGGCAUGGCCUUCACUAGAUCUCCAAGCAUGGGUUUCCAGUUGAAUGACAACGGCUGGCAGACAGAUGUUGUCAAUGCACUGGACAACAAUCUCGACUCCUUCAACCGUCCUGGAGGAGCACCAAGCUUUUCCCAGGCAAUGGACACUGUAAGAACACGGAUGUUCACCCAGGGUAAUGGUGACCGUCCCAAUGCAGGUAACUACAUGGUCAUCAUGACAGGUAAUGAACGUGGUCUGAGUGCAAGCCGUGCACAACAGGCUGCCAGAAGGUUCCAAAACACAGGAGGAAGAAUCUUCACUGUUGGCGUCAACCUGAGGAAUACACAGAACCUGGAUGAUAUCACCACCAAGCCACUUGAUGCUUACCAGUACUUGCUGGGAUCAGAGGCAGAGUUCAGAGAGCUGCCUGGCAUCAUGGAAGCUGUUAUGAGGGAUCCACCACCACCACCGACAACAACCACCACAACAGCUGCUCCAACAACCACUACCAAACCAAUUGUCUACAAGGAGACAGGCUAUGAUGUUAUCUUCAUGUUGGAUGGUACUGUCAAUGACAGAACCUUCACAUGGAUGACCGACCUUGUGAAGAACAUGGCAAAUGAAGUGAGCGCUGGAGUUGAUGAUGGCACAUAUCGUCUGGGAGGAAUGACCUUCACACGUUCACCUUCUGUGGGCUUCCAGUUAGAUGACUAUGGCUACAGUGAUGACUAUAGGAAUGCUGUUGGUAGAACAAUGAGGAACAAUCCUGGUGGUGCCCCAGACAUGGCCCGUGCCUUUGACACAGUUUACAACCAGAUGUUCCAGUCCCGAAACGGUGAUCGGCCUAAGGCCAAGAACUACAUUGUCAUGGUCACUGCCAAUGAGAAGAGUUUGAAUACUCGUAGAGCCAUCAAUUCUGCCCGCAGGCUAAAGGACCGAGAUGUUGCUAUAUACACUGUUGGCAUCAACCUGGGCAACACCGACGAAAUUGACUCAGUUUCUUCCUUGCCUCUGGAUGACUUCCAGGUACUGCUUGGAACAGAAAUUGAGAUGGCUGAACUGCCAGGAAGACUGGCCUAUGGAAUUGAAAAUGGCCCUCCCCAAGACACCCUUCCUCCACCAACAACAACACCACGCCCAACCAGGACCAAGUACACUGGACCCCCUCCAGUGUGCACCUCAACAGCAGAUGUUGUCUUCGUCAUUGACUCCUCUGGAAGUGUUGGAACAGUGGACUUUGACAGAAUCCGCAACUUUACUAUUGCAAUCAUCAACGGUAUUGAUGUUGAUGCUGGCCUCUACCGAAUCGGUAUGGUGACCUUCAGUGACUCUGCACGUAUUGUGUUUGGCCUGGAUACACAUGAUAGCAAUGAGCAGAUCAUCAAAGCAGUCAGGAAUACACCUUACAUCUACGGUUACACCAAUACAGCUGAGGCUCUGCGCCGAACCAGAAGAGAGAUCUUCUCAACAUCUGCAGGAGAUAGACCAGGUUCACCAAACAUGGUUGUGCUGAUCACUGAUGGUCAGUCUAACAUUGAUAACUUUGAGACCCUCCCAGAAGCCCAAAGGAUGAAGCGUGAGGGUAUUACCAUCCUUACCUUGGCUGUUGGUUUCUCUGGUGCCACAGCUGAACUGACUGGCAUGACCUCACCACCCAUCCACGAGAAUCUCUUCUUCGUAGAUGACUUCUAUGCAUUGAGAGAACUCACGGACUACAUCAUCAGACCAAUCUGUACAGAUGCCAAUCAAUGCGACGCAAACCCCUGCCAGAACGGUGGAAACUGUGUGGAUGGGCUCAGGAGCUACACCUGUAUCUGCCCCUCUGGAUUCUUUGGUGAUAACUGUGAGAAGACAUGUGGCAGUGCUGCUGAUGUUGUCUUCGUCCUCGACUCCUCCACAUCAGUCGGCCCCUUCGGCUUCCAGCAAAUCCUGAUGUAUGCUCAGCAGAUCCUGGCUCAGAUGAACAUGGAUGCCUGUGACAUCAAUGUUGGUGCCCUCAAGUACAGCUCAAGUGCAAUGGUGCAGUUUGGCCUAGGAGCCUACCAGGACCAGGAGACUAUCAGCCGAGCUCUUCGCGGCAUCCAUUACACACGAGGCCAGGCCAACCUUGCUGAUGCCCUUAGAGUUACCCGCCAAGUCAUGUUCAAUGGUGCAUCAGGUGAUCGCCCCUUUGCCAGGAAUAUUGCCUACUUGCUGACCAGUGGAGAUGUCAACAUCAAUCGAGAUAUCACAAUGUCUGAAGCUGAACUUGCCUUUGAUGCUGGAAUUACUGUUGUUCCCCUCGGUGUCAACCUACGUCAGCGUGAUGAUGUUGAGAACAUCGCCUUGUACCAGGGUUUGAACCUCGUGGAAAUUGAAAGUGAAGUGACACUGCAGGAGAUGGCUGAUGAUGUGCUCAACCCUGUCACCACUGCGAGAGACCAGGACUUCUGUGCCAGUGACCCUUGUCAAAAUGGAGGUCAGUGUCGCAGUCGGUCUCUUUCACAUGUCUGUGAUUGUCUCCCUGGAUUCACAGGGGAUAACUGUGAGAGAGUCUGCAAGGGCAAAGCUGAUGUUGUGUUUGUUAUUGACACUUCUCGCUACAUGAGUCGUGAAGAAUUAAGAAAAACCAAACGUUUUGUGCGUGAGGUGAUCAAGAAGAUGACAUUCCGUACUGGCAAUUAUCGUGUCAGUGUGGUCAGCUUCAACGACUACCCAUCCCUGCAACUGACUCUGGAAGAAGGAUCAAGCAAGAAGUCUGCCAAGACAGCUGUUGCCAAGCUCAGGAAGUCCUAUGGAGACCCCAAUCCACCCAUGGCUCUGAAGAAAGUAAGAUUCCAAGUGCUCAACAACCCUGGUGACAGGAGAGACAUACCCAACUAUGUAGUCCUCAUCACCAAGAGUUUGAGAUACUCCCGGCAACUGCUUCUAGAAAUCAACAAGCUGAAGUCCACUGGUGCCAAGGUUGUGGGUGUUGGCAUCAACCUCAGUGGCUCUGACCAAAAGAUGCUCUCACAGUACGUCUCCAGGCCUAGCGAUCAGAUGAUGUACACAGCUAAUCGUGCCAAUGAUCUUAAGGGCUUGGAAGAGAACUUCAUCCAGUUUGUCUGUGAAGAAAGCAACAUGUGCAGCUCAGACCCCUGCAUGAAUGGUGGCUCAUGUGUCAAUUUAGACCGGGAAUACACAUGCCAGUGCCCAGUUGGAUAUGCUGGCCGACAUUGUGAAAGACGAUGCCAGGAUGACCUUGACCUUGCCUUUGUCCUGGAUGCUUCUGGAAGUGUGGGAUAUGACAACUUCCUGAAGAUCCAAGAGUACAUGUACUACAUCAUUGAUAACCUUAAUAUUGGUCCAUCCCGUACCCGUAUUGCGGUGGUCACCUUCUCCCAGUAUGCUCGUGCCCACAUCUACCUGGACCAGUUUGACAACAAGAAGGAUCUGAAGGAUGCCAUUUCUGGCAUGACAUAUGAAUAUGGGAACACAAACACUGCCUCUGGAAUAAAGCUCAUGAGAUCUGGAAUCUUCUCAAGAAGGCGUGGUGAUAGACUCAAUGUGCCAAACUUUGCCCUGCUGAUCACUGAUGGCCUGUCCAAUGUGAACGCUGAAUCCACAAUCCCACAAGCUCAGUAUGCAAAGGAUUCUGGAAUCCACAUGUUUGCAAUCGGUAUUGGAAGAUUUGAUGCAUGGGAAGUUGAAGCAAUUGCUAGUGAACCAACUGACAAGAAUGCCUUCAUUAUCGAUGACUUCUCAAGGCUGUACAAUGUCUCUACUGGCAUCCUGGACUCUAUAUGCAGAGAUCCUGGUGUAUGUGCUGACAACCCAUGUGUGAAUGGAGGCGUGUGCCGAGCUGGAAUAGGGAAGUACACAUGUGAUUGUCCUCGAGGAUUCCUGGGUUACAACUGUGAACUUGAUUGUCAGGCACCCAAGGACAUUGUGUUCAUGCUCGACUCCUCAGCUAGUGUUGGACAGGAGAACUUUGGUGUCAUGCAGAAGUUCCUGGCUGCUGUUGUGAGGGAUCUGUCGUCUACUGGCAUAGAACACAGAUUCUCCCUUGUUACCUACAACUCACGUGUGCGACUUGCCUUCAGCCUCAAACGCUACAGGCAGAUAAAUCAAAUCGAGGAUGCCAUCAUCACUACACGCUAUAAUCCAGGAGGUUCCAACAUCGCAGAUGCCAUCAGAACAGCAUCAGAAGUCUUCUCUCCCAGCCUGGGUGACAGGUCCAAUGCAGACAACAUCGCCAUGCUGUUCACAGUAGGAAAGUCUUCUGUCAACUCUGAAGAAACUGUUGAAGCAGCGGAAGAUAUUAAAUAUGGCGGUGCUAGGUUUGUUGGCGUUGGAGUAGGAGUGUCAGAUACUUCAGAAUUAAAGCAGAUGGUAUCAAACCAGAAUGAUUUAUUCCAGGUGGCAUCGGCAAGCCAGCUGAGUGAAAUUAGGUCUGAAAUCUUACGUAGUUCAUGUACAAUAACAUCUGACCAAGGAGCAGGAGGAGAGCUAGAGGGCAGCAGAGGCUGAGAAUUCUAACUUUAUUCUAUUCUAUAACUAACUGCUAAUAUAUGUGUUCAUCCAGUGUGUAACAUAGGACUUUAACCAAGGAGGUAUUCCUAAUCAGGGUUCUACCUGAUUCUAUGAGGCAGGGUAGUUGACCGUUUGCUCAGCAGGGGGAGCUAUGAGCCCAAUAGCGCCUCAGAUUCACCACCUACCUCCUGUGCUUAUGUUAAAGUUUUAGGGUCUGUUGUUGUAUCUUGCUCAUCAUCUGUGUACAGAAUGUGCAAUUGACUUGUCACUGCUUCUUGUAGCUGCAGCCAUUGUCACACUGUCCAUGUCUCAUCUAGGUCCUUCAUCAUGAGCCACAUGCUUCUUUAGACCAACGUCCUGUACCUACAACAAACCAAAUGUAGAUCACUAGUGUCAAUGUGUUUUGUAUAGAUGUAAUAAAUUCAUUUUUGCAGAAUAUGGCAAUUUUAUAAUAAAUAAAAGACUUUACAAUCUA